GCGGGCACGCUGGGGCUCGAGCGGCGCGGUCGCCUCCUCAGGGCCCCCAUGGCUGUCUGGGGUUCCCUCCUGCUGCCCUGCCUGGCUCUGCUGCUCGCCCCGGAGCCUGGGCUGGCGGGAGCCGUCGCCGAAGACGGCGACUGGGUCAAGUUGCCCAGCAAGUGCGAAGUGUGCAAAUAUGUGGCUUUGGAAUUGAAAUCCUCCUUCGAGGAAACGGGCAAGACCAAGGAGGUGAUUGAUACAAAGUAUGGCUUUUUGGAUGGCAAGGCGUCCAAAAUCAAGUACACAAAAUCGGACAUUCGCCUCAUUGAAGUGACAGAAAACAUUUGCAAGAGGCUUUUGGAGUACAACCUGCACAAAGAGAGAUCAGGAAGCAACAGAUUUGCAAAGGGCAUGUCUGAGACAUUUGAAACGCUACACAACUUGGUGCACAAAGGCGUCAAAGUGGUAAUGGACAUCCCGUACGAGCUCUGGAAUGAAACAUCUGCAGAAGUGGCUGAUCUUAAGAAGCAGUGUGAAGUGAUGGUGGAGGAAUAUGAAGAAGUGAUUGAAGACUGGUAUCGAAACCAUCAGGAAGAGGACCUUUCCCAGUUUCUCUGUGCAAACCAUGUCUUGAAAGGAAAGGAUACCACCUGCCUGGCUGAGAAAUGGACUGGCAAAAAAGGGGAUCCAGCAAGUUCAGGGCAGAAGAAGACAAAGAAAAAGGAGGGCAAAGGCAACAAGUCCUCCAAAAGCAAAAAAGGCCGUAAGGAUGAGGCAAAGCAAGAAAAGGAUAAUGUGAAGCUAAGUGCUGAAGAGGCACCCAGUCAAGCUAUGGAGGCGGAGGAGGAGGAAGACAAUGUUCAAAAAGUGGCUCCACUUUUGCACAGUGCAGAUGAACUGUAGGUUCCUGGGAGAUGUGUGUGCGCUGCCCGCUCUUUCCCCGUGUGGACUUCAAGCUCGUCUGCAGGCGGCAGAGAAUUGCUUUAGCCCUUUCGGAGUUGCAAGUUGGAGAUUCUGACAUUCUUCAGGGCUGGUGCAGAUCUGUUCCUCGUGGGCACUGCUCAUGGUCACUCAAACUUGAGCCAUCCAGUGUUAUGGUACCUCUUCUUGGGUGUAGGUUGGGCAGUGCCUAGCUAGCCCUGGAUGUAUUUAGAAGGAAAGACGUUGGGCAGAAGGAAUAUGUGAGGUGGUUCCUUGUCAGCCUGGCUUACCUUCCCCUUCCCCCCUUUUGCAGCUUUGAUCGACCAAACCCAACCGGGGCGUGAAGGUAGCAGUCACAGAAAGGUAGGGGAGAGCAAGGUCUGAACAUGUGGGCACUCCUCUUUCCAACCCAAGAUAACAGGAUUUGCUGGUAGCCAAGAUUGCUCCCUAAUUAGCCCUGCAGGCUCGAAUGCAUUACAGUCUUUAAAGGGAAUCGCUGGGAAGGUGGGUUCAGUUCUGCCCUUCCUUGUAUCAUGCAAAUUGCUGAGCUUGCUUGAAGGGAGAUGAGGGGAAAGAUUCUACCUGAGAAAUUAAGGGUACUGUGCUUUGGUUAUGAGACUUUUUCUUUUUACAUUCUCUUCUCACCUGAAAUGGAUUGAUUCCAGUAGCAGCUCUAGUCAGGAGAGUACUUGCAGAAGUCUAUGCCAUUCCCUUCCCUUGCCUCCAAAUUACCUGCCCUUUAUUGCUGCCCUGAAUGUGCUUCCUGAUUUCUGAAGUCCCGCAGAGAGUGUAAAUAAACAGGAUUUUUUGCAUAUCUGUCUCUGUGUCUCCAGCACUUAGGAUGACCAGCUUGGGUUCAGUUUUAAUGCUGUCACUUCAAGGGACCAUUCUGCUUAGUUUUUUUGGACGGAAUCUCAGGGUAAGCCAGCAGAGGUCUCCCAGCAGCACAGUGACUGGGUGAGUGCCACUUUUGGAGCUAGAAAUGAUGUGCUCGUUCCACUUAGGGGUCUUUUCCGUGUCCUCCUGCCAACUCCUUUGCUGCAGUGCUGAAUAGAAAAAAGAUGGCGUCAUGGAAAAAGGAGGGGCUGCAAGUCCAGAAAUUGAAUGUCUCUGGAAGUUUCACAUCAACGGGAAUGCAGCAAGCUCCUUAUACUGAGUCAGAUCCUUGCUUCAGUCAAUUCAGUAUUGACAACACAGAGUCGCUGCCACUUUCCAGUAUUUCAGGAGGGUUUUUUUAGCCCUUCCUGGAGUUGCCAGGAAUUGAACUUGGGACCUUCUGUACGCAAAGCAGAGUGUGUGCCACUGAACUUCAGCUCUUUGUUCUUGAUCAAACAAAUGUGUUGGCAUUUCCGAGUUAACUGUUUGGGUCAGGAAACCCUUAGAACAGGUGGGGAGUGUGCGUAUCUCCAGAUGUUGUUGAGUUGCAGCUCCUAUCACUCCAUGUAGUCCUAUUCUUCUUUUGAUGGAAAUUGUAGUCCAAGAACCUACAGACGGCACUGAGUUAAGGCAAGGAUAGGCAAUUAAAAGUGUAUUGUUACAUUUUAGCAUGCAGAAGUUUGUCUCGGGCAUCUUGUGCAGACUGAAGCAAAAGGCUUGCUGACUUAGGGGCAACCUACUAGCUGUGUAUUUGCAAGGUGAUCUAGAACUAGGGGCAAGGGGCAUCUUGCAUCUCCUUCUUCAAGAACAAGCCGAUGUAUCCUUUUUAAACCAUGGCCGUGGCACAGUGGGACAUGAUGCUUCCAAAGUAAUGGUCCCCCCACCUGGCACAGUUGCCAUCUGGACAGCAAUUCCCCUCAUCCUCGGUCAGUGCAAUGGGAGUGCAGUCUGAUCCAUCUGGCAGGUGCCAGGUGGGGAAAGCCCGGUGUAAGGUACCCUCAUCUGUAUUGGUUUGAUUUGGUAUGUACGGCAUUGAGCAUAAGCAGAGCUCCUUGCUUUAUGGUUAGCUGAUCCAAACCCAGAUCGUCACUCCUUUGCCUGGAAGAAGUGGCUGAUACUUCAUUCUGUCCAUCAGGGAUAGAACAGCUUGCGAUGUUAUUCCUGUGCCAUCUCAGUGUUUAGCUGAGCAUUCUGUUACAUGGUAUGUUGAUUCAACUGUACAUUGUUGCCACUCUACCAUGAAGGUAAAGGAAAUGGGUGUGUCCUGAAAUACCCAUCCAGGAGAGCAGCCAUUUGGGGAUUUGCUUUUGUUGCAGCCACUGAACCCUACCUGUUCCUCAUGGUGAAGAAAAGAGUUUUUGUAUCUAGCAGUAUUGUAAUUUGUUUUGGAAUGCCUAGCCCAGGGGGAGGCAACCCGGUAAUCACUCAAGUGUGGGACUACAAGUCCCAAAUUAGGCAUAAGAACAUAAGAGCCUUGGUGGAUCAGAGCAAAGUUCUGCCUAGUUCAGCAUUCUGCUGCACAGUGGACAACCAGCUGCCCACAAGAAACCCACGGGUAGGAUAUGAGUGUAGCAGUACCCUCCCACCCAUGUUCCCCAGCAGCACCUACAGGUUCAUGCAGGGAGGUUCACAAGCCACCAUGGCUUAUUAAGUGCCCUCGCAUCAUGCAGACUAGCUCACCAGCUUCUAUAGAUAGCACCUUUUUGUCCUAAAACAAAUUCUGAUUUCAGGAUUUCUCUGUGACGGAGCCUUCCAUGUACAUCAGGGAUGCAGAACUUUGGACCUGCUGGCCAAAUUCAGCCGGCUUGGGCUCACAGUCCCGUCUUCAGAGGUUCCCUGAGUAGCCACACUGAUUUUCCCCAUCUGCUGAUCAUUUGGUGGGUCCUUAGUUUUUGCAUUUGUUCCCCCAUCCUCAGUUCUAAAAGGUUGAAAUGUCUCUCCUAAGGCUUGAUUACUGACAGCAAGAGUUUUACCCUAAAAAAGUCAAUAUUUGGGGGACAACUCCAUUCUGCCCCUAGCCCCACUUACCUCUGGAAUACAGUUCCCUGAGAGCUUCUCUUGACGUGGAAUUCAGAUUGGAAGAGUUCAGCACCCCACCCUGCCUGCCCGCCCAUGAACUUGCCAUGGGCCAGGCUCCCUUUGUGGCUGCAGGUUCAGAAAUGUCUUGGCAUCAGCACUGAGAUGGACGGGGCUUUUCUCAUGGAGCUUCUUUCUUUCAUCAGUUGGGAAUCUUAUACUGAGACUGGGGCUUCUAUAGCAGCUUCAACCACACUCCUUUGUUGACCUCUCUGACUUUCAUAAAUAGCUGUGCUUUUGUUUAGUAACUUACUUUCUGAAUGAGGAGGGGUGGGUCAGUGGUCCAACUGAGGCAGAGGGUAUAUAUGAUCCCUUUUGGCUUUGCCACCCUGUUGCCCCUCAAGCAGCCGUGAACAUUGGAUAUGCUAGCUAUAGCUCAUGGGGGUUGUAAUCCAAACCAUCUGAAUGGUACUGCAAUUAAGAAGGCUUUUUUAGUUGAUUUCCGCCUUGGUUUUGUAAUCAAAAAUAGACUUGAAAUGAAUUUGGGAAGUUGUUACCCACAGUUGUUUGUGCUUAAUGGUCCAGUUGUGGGGGAGCAUCCUCACACCAAGUCUUUUUAGCCCAGCAUGGUCUCCUUUUCUGACCUAUCCAGAGUCUUAGGUAGAGCAUCUUUCCUUGGUCUGGUUUUAACAGGAAAUUAAGCCUGGGUUCUGGUGCAUGUAAGGCAUGAUUUUUGCUACUGUCCCCCACAGUCACUGCUCACCAUCAUCACCCAGGAUACCUCUCCUCUCCUUUCCAGCCAGUACUUUGAUACAAACACACUUGGAUGCUUUCACCAUUUUUUGUCCCAUUCCUUUUGCAAAAUAAACUUCACUGUUACUUUCA